AUGAAAUAUUUAUAUCCAUACGAAUGUGAAAAAUUACAAUUAAGUUCACCAGGUGAAUUACAAGCUGCUAUUGAAGGUAACCGACGUGAAGGACGCCGGCCGUCAUAUGCGUUUGAAUAUUCAUCACCACCACAAAUAAUGCCACCACCGCCUCCUCCCCCUCCAACAUCCACAAGUGCCUUUCUUGCUAGUCCACUUGCACAUAGACCAUUGGAUCCUAAUCAUGGGCACGAGGCUAUGCAACAUGCAGCAAUGGCCGCUGCUGCUGCCCUUUCACAUCCAUUCUUUCUUGCAGCGGCAGCCGCUUCAUCACGUGAUGCCAAUCAUCCAUCACUUGAACAAUCGUCAACACCACGAAUUCCUUCAUUUGAUGACCAUCAUCCUCAUCCUCAUCAGUUACAGUCGCCAUCACCAACAAAUAAAUUGUUCGAACGUUCAUCUACCAUAGCAAAACGAAGUCUCUCGCCGUCGUUUCUCUCUCGACACUCUCAAGAUGAUAAUCUGAGCUCACCGAUGAAAAAGUCUGCUACAGCAUUGGGCAAUGCCCGAGCAACAUGUUUUACACCAGUGACAGCAAACUCUUCCUCGUCGUCGUCAUUGUUAUCACCAGUCAGUAAAUUGAAAAUCGUUGCAAAAGAAAAUAAUUCUGAACAGCAACAAUCGAUUACGAUUUCAAUUGAACUAAACGGUGUCGCUUAUCAGGGGACAUUGUACGCAACAACGUUAACUGCGAAUAAAGAGUGA